AUGGGACGUCGCGGAAACGCGAAGGGCGGAAGCAAAGGGGCCGGCAAGGCUGGCGAGCAACCCAAAGAGUCGCAGUACGUGAAGCGCGUGGACUUGUACAAGUUCCUGGGCAAGUGGAUGUUGCGUUCCUAUCCGGACGAAAGGGGAAGACCUCUCAUGUUGGGCGCGAAAAAGUCUACUGCAGAAGCGGCCCUGGAACCCGAGGCCCUGAGGGCCAUUCUGGAUGCCGACUGCUGCGAGCUACUCCGACGCCCCACAAUGGGGCUCAACCUCGCGGCCGCUUCCAUCGACUGUGCGGCUUUGCUCGGGCCGGUGCUGCAGGACAAGAUGGAGAGUCUGUUGCCGAAGCUGACCUCGGAGAACUUCCUGGACAAGGUACACUUCCUCAACCUGGCCCGCAACGUGGAGCGCAAUCCAGAAGAAGCUCCGGAACAUUGCAAGAGUCUGCUGAAGAAGAUCAAGCACUUGGUAAGGGAUCACGGAGCAGAUCUGGCAGCGGCGGCCGAAGCAGCGGCUGGAGUCUUCCUGGGGCUCGUCAGCAUCAUGGAGGUGGCGGCCGUGUCCAAGGAUCUGCGCGCGUGGGCCAAGGGCGUGCCAGAGCGCAGGAAGCAGAGCAAGCACCUGCAAGCUUGGCUCCAGGACCCCGACGACGAGGACAAAUUCUUGGCAGCCGUCGCAAAGGCCGUGAAGGAAGACAACAAGAACACCAUGCGGGCUCGGCGCUUCGGCGAUUUCGAGUUGCAGGCAGAAGACACGUCGUCCUCCGUCGCGUUGCUCAGCAGUCAAGAUGACAGCCCCUCGUCGUCGGUGCUUCGCGCCAGCAAGAAGAAGCGCGGCAAAGGCAUGAAGCCGAAGAAGGCAAAGACAUCGAAGAAGGCGAAGAAGAGCAAGCAGCGCAAGCAGGCAUCAUCUUCGCCGGACACCGCUGCGCAACCGAGUUCCGAAGACACGGAGCCCGCGCCGAAGAAGCGCAGGCGAAGUGUCGCAGACGGCAAGGACCUAUGCAAGACCUGGUCGCUGUCCGAGUUGCAGGCCUUCGAGGAGAUGGCGGCGCAGCAGGCCAUGGCGGUCGACAACGCCGCGUUGGAGGCGGAGCAAAUCUUGAGGGUGAGCAAAGCCCUCCCUGCGGAGCUUCGCAGAAUGGUUUGGGAGCGCGCCGGACUGUUGCCGAGCACGGAAAACGAGGAGGUGCUCAAGGCGAACGCAGAGCGCAUCGCGAAGCACAUCUUCGAGAUGGUCAAAGAAGUGCGUCUGGCCUGGGUACAGGCCGCGGUACAGGAGGACCAGAAGAAGAAGACGAACAUCGCCCUGCUGCCGGAGGAGAAGCUGUUCCACCAGGUGCUCACGGUCAAGCUCCCGGAGGAAAAUCGUGCGGCAUGGGAGACUGCCCUACAGGACGACUCGCCCGAAUGCUUGCACCAGCGUGCGGUGCUUCUCAGGGGUUUGUGGGACGCAGACGCGGCAAUCGCCAACUACAACAAAGCCCUCACCUUCGCAGAGGAAUUCGCCAUGAAGGAGCCGAAGAAAGAGAAGGCCUUGGAUCUCGUGAGCUUGAUUCCGGCCACGGUGGCCGCUGCCUUCGGACUGCCGCCACCGGAGAAAUUCGAGCGCCAGAAGCCGGCUAACUGGAAGAACUACUGCAGCGUGGCCUUCACGCUGGCCUGGCACAUCUUCAAGAGCCACGCGGAUCUGAGCUAG